AUGAAGUCUACUCCACUGGCUGACGUAUCUUCUAUUGUCGAUGCACAGUGUGGGGAUGGCAAUCUCGCUGUCCUGUUGCUCUCGUACUUUCCCAAGUUUGCAAGAUCAUCGGAAAGGACGAUGCUGCGUGAUAGCAGCUGCUUAACGUUGGUUGCACCCAUUGCAUUAUUGAGUGAUAUGGAACGGGCAUUGGACGGCCUUAUACUCCGCUUCUUCGUCAUCUACACCCUUGAUUUGAUGCUUCCUGCCCACCCAGACAGUGCAACCUUGCGAAGUCGUCCCUUCACUCUUCUUACAACUCUGACCGUGGCCUCACUGCUUGCGAACCUUAGGCUUGAGUACAGGCGGGAUGGCAACGUUAAGAAGUUCUAG